AUGCAUCAUGGGAGUCUAGCUCCGCACCUGCUAGGUGGAAAGCUGCACAGCGCCCCCUGUGGAGAGCUCAGGUUCUACAUCUGCUCCACCACAGUCAGCUCCUUUUCUAAAAUCCUCCCCAGCGACAGGAAACCAGGAAUCAUGCACGGUCUGAGUCUGUUUGAUGUUUUGUGGGGCAACAGCUACUUGCUGGUGGAGGAGAUUCGCCACUUGUCCUCCUUCCUCAAGGAGCUCCGUUCUGGUCAGCUGACUCAGCGCUGCUUCAACAACUUCAUGCAGCAGGAGGCGCUCUAUCUGCACAGAGUCAGCAGCACACUGGAGACCCUGAUGUGUAGUUUACAGGACACAGAUGAGAACACAAGAUCACUGCUGCUGGACACACUUCAACACUACAGAAGCAGAAACCAGAGCCCCCUCACUUCGCCUCCCCCACAGUGGCUCCACUUCGCCCUGCAGUCUUUCCACUCUGUGGUUUUGGAGGAGCCGAUCUAUUGGCUGGUGGCUCUGUCGGCCCGGGCCUGCCUCCGGGACUUCCUGGCUGAGCUCAAGCCUGGUUCUCCGAUGGUGUCUGGGUCUGAGGAUAAGGCCUGCAGCAUCUACUAUCAGUGGAGUGUAGAGAGUCUGAAGGAGGUCACCUGGAUUCGCAGGUACAGAAAGGUGUUAGAGGAAUACCAGGACCAGAUAGACGUGUUUAAAGCCAUAAACAUCUUCCACGACCACAUGGUGAACCAGAAGAAUUUCUACAAGGCUGUUGACUGUGAUAUAGAGGAUGAAAAAUUAUGAAGAGGAGCAGGGUGUGUCCCCUGGUGAAGGGUUUUCCCAGACAAACAACUCUACUUCCUGUUGGCACCUGCUGGCCCAAUUACACAAUCGUUCACCUUGCUUGCAAACAUCAAGGAGUUGAGGGACGGCACAUAUUAAAGCACAUUACACUUGUUUAGAUGCUGUUUUCUUGUGAAUGUGGAGGUAAAAACUUUGGUUAUCAUUUGUUAGAUUGAAGGAUAUUAUAAGCUUCUUUACUGUAUUUACUUUUUCUACCAACUCCACUAUGUUGCUGUUCUUCUACUAGAUGAAGAAUUUUCUGGAUAAGAGAGCGUCUGUAAAAGACUAAUAAUGAACAAACUGUCAAUUAAUUUCAUCUUUAUUGACCAUUUAAAAAGAGGUUUAGUUUGGAUUAUUGUCUUACUUUAUUUGACAGGGACAGUACUUAUUGAAAAUAUGCCAGUGAACCAGAAAGGCUACUUUUCAUCUGCAGUCGUAUUUAAAUAGUCCCGUAGUACUUUUUAUAGAAAGUAUACAAAGGGGAUAAAUUACAUUACAGAAAAUGUAAAGGGGACUCAUUCCAUUAUAAAACAUUGUUAACAAAAUACAGCACAUAAACUAAAA